AAAACUCUCCUGAACACCCCAAAACUCCCCUGACCCUCUGCACCCCGAGUUCUCCUGACUUUCUGCACCCCAAAACUCCCCUGUGCACCCCAAAGCUGCCCUGACCGCGGCUCCGUGGCCACACCCGGUUAUUACCGGGCGGCCCCACCCGUAAUUUUGGCUCCUCUUUCAUCUCACGGGGAGCUCAACCCGAACCGCCGAGCCCAGGGAGGGGCCCCGGGGUGCUCGAGCAGCUCCCAAGGGUGGCGCGGCCCUUUCCGGGCUGAAAAUCCGGAUUUUUGUGUUCUCUCUCAGCCUUUUUGAGGGCAGAACCCGGAGCCGAGGAUGGGAUUUUCUGUCCCCUCCCAAACACACCCAGGGUUGAGUCACGGGCCAGAGAGGAGAGCGGGGCGUGCGGGCGAGUUUUGACGCUGAAUCACCCAAAAAAACGCGAGAAAAAUCAAAUUUUUUGUUUUGUUUUGUUUUUUUCCCGGCAGGUUUGAGGCCGCGCUCCACCAUGCACUACCCCGGCGGGCACCUCCUGCCCGGCCCCAAAUUCAUCACCGAGCUCCUCCCUCCGUGCCAGCCUCACCCCGAGCCCUUCGCCAACACCUGCCACCCCCUGAGCAUCACCAAGAGCCCCGCUCCGCGCUGGCGCUGCUGUCCCCAAAGUGCCACCACCGCCACCACCACCGCCGCCACCACCUCGCUGCUGCCGUGCCAGCCGCUGGUCCAGCCGUGCCUGCUGCUGUGCCCGGAGCCCUGCGAGACCGCGCGGCUCCUGCCCGGCUCGGGGGGAUUCGGGACCCCCCAAACGCUGCCGGUUUCGGGGAGCAGCAGGGGCGACAAGAAACGCGUGGCCCGGAGCCUCCCGCCCUGCGCUCCGCGCUGCCCCGAGCCCGGCAGGCUGCGCUUCCCCCCGUGCGGCGUCCGCGGCUCCUCGGCGUCGUGCCGGGGCCAGUGCCGCUCGCACAAGGUGGCCAAGUGGCCACUGAGUUACCCAGAGCCUUGCGGGGGCUACUCGCUGCCCCUCCGAGGGGUCACCGAGUGUCCCCCGCCUCGGCGCUCCCUCCUGCAGGGGUACCUGCACAGGUGCUCCAAGGGGUACCCCACGCAGGAGUUACUCGGGUGUUGCUCCUCGGAGCAAAGGCUGAGUAGCGCCGGAGGAGUCGCCAAGGGGGCGGAGGAGGGUCCGCAGGUCAGGGUGGUGGGCAAGGGGACCCAGGAGUGUCCCCAAGUCAGGGUGGUGACCCAGGAGUGUCCCCUGCCCAGGGUGGUGACCAAGGAGUGUCCCCCGCUCCGGGCGGUGACCAAAGUGACCAAGGAUUGUCCCCCGCUCCGGGCGGUGACCAAAGUGACCAAGGAGUGUCCCCCACUUCGAGCAGUGACCAAGGAGUGUCCCCAGCUCAGGGCGGUGACCAAAGUGACCAAGGAGUAUCCCCCACUCAAGGCGGUGACCAAAGUGACCAAGGAUUGUCCCCCGCUCCGAGCGGUGACCAAAGUGACCAAGGAGUAUCCCCCACUCAAGGCGGUGACCAAAGUGACCAAGGAGUGUCCCCCGCUCCGGGCGGUGGCCAAGGGCUCGGUGGCGCUGGAGGGGACCAAGGGCAGGAGCUGCUCUGCGCAGCACCUGAGCAGGUCCCGCUGCUGUCCCCAGCACCCCCGCGGGCCCCCCCGGCCCUCCCGCCUGGCCCCGGGCGGCUCCAAGCGCUGCGGGCACGCCAAGAAAAGUCGCUGCGCCUCCAAGUGGCUCUGGUGAGGGAGGAGAGGGAGCGGCGGGGAUCGAGGCCGGGGUUGGGGCGAUUUCCCCCUUCCACGGAGCUGAAAUUUGGGGUGAUUCCCCCCUCCAUGAUCCCCAAGGUUGGGGUGAUUCCCCCUUCCACGGAGCUGAAAUUUGGGGGGAUUCCACCUCAGGGAAACCGAAGUUUGGGGUGAUCCCUCCUCCACGGAGCUGAAAUUUAGGGUGAUUUCCCCCUCCAUGGAGCCCAAGGUUGGGGUGAUUUCCCCCUCCAUGGUCCCCAGGGUUGGGGUGAUUCCCCCCUUCCAUGGAGCCGAAAUUUGGGGUAAUUCCCUCCUCCACGAUCCCCAAGGUUGGGUGAUCCCCCCUUCCAUGGACUCCCGGUUUUGGGGUGACCCCCCCUCCAC